AUGGGUGUGAUGUCCAGGCGGGUAUUACCCGCCUGUGGCAGCCUCUGUUUCUUCUGCCCGUCUCUGCGUUCUAGAUCCCGUCAACCUGUGAAACGUUACAAGAAACUCCUUGCCAACAGUUUUCCCCGAUCUCAGGUAUCGGUUUUGAUUCUCUGUUCUCAUUUCAUCCACAUUCAAUCAUAUUACGGAUUUAUAGUGCACAUAUCAUCAUGUUUGUCGUCAUUCAAGAAUGUUUAAAUAUACACCAUUGUUGGCUAGUCAUUUGGUCGCGCUUGCGGUGCCUCAGGAUAACUGAUAUUCUGUUAAUUUAAAUACUCCCUUUGCAUUCAAUUGAAGCAUAAUUUGGCCAUCAAGUUCUGCAUCACAGAUUUGACACUUGAAUUGCCUCCGCAUUGUGGGUGAUGUGGAUAUUCAAUUCAAGUUAUCUUAAAUAUUUAGCUAUGCUAUCCUUUUGUAAUUUAAUCAGCCAAGUAUAGGUUAUCUCUGCUUAACUUUCAAUUUAUAAGGAUAUUUAUUUACUCUUCUUUCUCGUGGAUAUUUUCAAUGCAAAUGUUAGUAAGUUGACAAAAAAAUGCCACAGUAUCUUUCUAUUGUUACCUUGAAAGGAAACGAUGCAUCUCAGUUGUUACCAACAAUAAAAUUUAUAAUAGUACAUUAAGAAUAUUUUAGUGGGAAAUUAUUUUAUAUGUCGCUUCUUUGUAUAUUUAGGACGGAGAUCCAAAUGAAAGGAUGAUCAGCAAACUUUGCGAGUAUGCUUCGAAAAACCCCAUGCGCAUUCCAAAGGUUGUUUCGCUUGUUCUCUCAAACAUUUGUAACUCAAACAUCAUAGUUUUUUAGUGUUUCUUUGAAUGAUAAAAAAUGAAAUAAUUUAUCGAAUAUGUUAUUAUCUUUUUACUUGUCAACCACUAGCGUGAAUGUUCAAUUAGUAUAGAACAUUGGUGAAUCUAUUUUGUGCCAUAGUCUUCUUCAAAAUAUUUCCAUUUUCAAUUAACUUGGACCACUAUGAAUAUAUGCAUAUUAAGCUGCCUAGAAAACUAAGCUCUUAUUGAUAUGUUGUUUUUAAUUUUUCUUGUAAAUAUUCAGUGCAAAGUUAUCUUCCACUCUCCCAGGAUUGAAUGCAUAAUGACUACGGAAGCCAAUUUUUUUUACAAGUUGUUGAUAGGUUGAUAGCAAGGCAGUAAAUAUUUCUUGUUGUCUAGAGAAAGAGUUCCCCACAUACAGGGUGUAGGUAUACUCAGUGGACAGUUAUCUACGAAGCUGUAAGCCCUUGGGAAGGCCAAUAACCAGUAACUGUUAGUAUGUUUACCGUCUGAUGAAGAGUAAGUAUUCGUUCUCAGAUCCAGCUCGAAAGUACUGUCGUAAUGCCUAGUUUAUAAUGAAGAAAAAUGGAGGGUUCAAGGGUUAGGCAGGUCCAUUUGUACUUAAAGUUGAAAAUAUCCGUUUGAUGGGUUUUAAAUCUUCUUAGCUAAUAUAUUUAAUAUUUUUUUGCGUUCUUCUAUUACGUGGUGUCAUUUGGACAAUGAAUCCGUGCAAUGAUGCUCAUAAAAUUAUGGUAAAGAACAUAUGAGCAUAAAGCUGAUGGGUGGUGGAUGAAGGAGAGAUGUACAUAUUUUAUUGCAGUGGGACAAUGAAAAGGAAAACAUGGGAUUCCAGGAGGAAUCCUUUGCACCAAUCGAGAAUGAAAUCAAAUUCAUCGAACAUUUUUGGAUUGGAGAACUUGUGAAGCGUGGAAUAUCCAUCUUGUUAAUUUAAUACUAUAAGAUUCUGGACAUAGUUUGGUUGAAAACUCAAUGUCAUCUCUUUUAUAGAUAGUUUAUUCGGAACAUGGAUCCAUGGUAAAUGCAUUUUAGUCUCAGUGAUCAAUCAAGUCAGGAAGAGGAACAAAAAUCAAAUGGUUCCCUGGAAACCUAUUCACCUCUAUAUCUUCAGUAUCCUUUGAAUUAAUGCAGGCUUGGGGUAUUUCACGGAUCAUACUGUGGAGAAAUGCAAAAUUCAUUUUUUUUUAUCUUGUACCAAUCAAAAUUAUGGGUUCCCUAUAGUCGCUACCUCAUAUUAGGAUAGGAUCAUUGUACAAUGUCAACAUGAUCCAUUGUCUUUCAUGGUAGUUCAAUCGUAACUAUUCUGUUCUUCUACCUUAUAAUUUUAGGGAGCUUGACAUGAUAUCCAUAUAAUUUUAGUAAUAUUCGUUUAGGAAAGCAAAUAACUGCCAGGUGGAUCUUUCACAGAAGUGAGCAAGUAAUUUUCUCCCAAAUUUUUACUUUUCUUUGUUAAAAAGGUUGGAUUCGAAAUCGUCUUUUUGACAAGUCUGCAGUUCAUUAAAAUGGUAUAAUUAUAAAAACGAAAUUAAAAUAACUUUCGAUUCAGGUGCUAAGAUUUGUGAGUUCUUAUAUUUAAUAUACAUAUGAUAAACUCAAUUAUUAGAGAAGAAUUAAAUGGAAGAGGGGAAAGGUGACUGACUGAUUGUGGCGGAAUUAAAUAUGCAGGUAACAAAGUUAAGGCAAGUACAGAAAAUAUAGCCAUAGUAUACUCUAUUUAAGGACCUCGUUCUCACUCCAGAUUCUGUUCUUAUAUUGUGUGAAUGAACUAUACCUUUCUUCACUGGUUCUCUACAAGAGUCGAAUCCUCUGAUAUUGAGUGUACAUUCAUAUCAGUUCUCAUCACAUGAGAAAUGAGCUUGCGUGGACAAACAGAGAUUUAUACUGAAAAAGUGCGUGACAUCCUGUUUGCAUUUUCAGAAUUUUUUAUUUUCCUUAUCAGGCAUUUCCUUUCGCUUGACAAUAUAGAGAAAAAUACAUUUCAUUUUUUUUCAUCCAUGAAAGACAUUUCAACGCAUUACAUGUUUUCUAUGCUGACAUUGUUCUUUCCCGUAACAUCAACAUGGUUGAUUAUUGGUCUCUCCUCGAAUAUUCAAUACUUUUUUAGGGGAAAAACUAAAAACUACCGCCAUGGUUUUGAUGUAUAACAUUGUUAGUUGGCCAGGAUGUCGGUUAUUGGCAUCCAUCAUUAACUAGUGAAUGGCAAUUUUAAUGUUAUUCUAAACCAUUUCUGUUUAUGAUCUUUGCAGAUCACAGAGUACCUGGAACAGAGAUGUUACAAAGAACUGCACAACGAGCGUUUAGCUUUCGUAGUUGUUGUUCCAUGCAUUUAUAGGAAAUUACUAGCUUCCUGUAAGGAGCAGAUGUCAGUUCUCCCACAGACAUUUAUUGUCUUUAGCUUGACUUUCUUUAAUAGCGUGGUUUGGGAAUUUUCAUGGAUUUUUUUAUUGAGCCAUCUGAUGUUUCUCUUUGCGUAUUUAUGUAUACAUAUGGAAUUUAUAUUUUUUAACAGAAAUUAUGUGUAUUCGUUGAAUACGUACAAACUUGAGAAAUGUAUCAGCUUGCUUUUUAUCUUAUGAAGAUUUCAUUAGAAGAUAUGAAUAAUCUUUUUAAUAAAGAAGUCAUUGUCGCCCAAUAAAGGAAUGUUUCAGAACUUAUGACUUAAUCAAUUAGUCUAUAGUAUUUCCAUUUAUCUCAUAUCAUAGGCAUAUAUAUUUCUCAAAUUCACAAUAAUUCUGUGGCAUACUAACAAUAAGCAAUGCCAGAUAUGCUGGCAUUUUUUAUGUACGAAUACAGAGUGUAUGCCGGAUAUGCAAAUUACCAUAUGUUUUAGACUAUAGUCUCAUUGCUACAGGUUUGGGCUUUAUAUAAAACAGAAGAUUUUUUUUUUGUCCCACGUCUGAUCCCAUCAUAUUUAGACAAUGACGAUAAUACACAUUACCAAGAUACAAAAAGACCAUAUCUCAUUAUCAUCAUUGGACAUUCAGAAUUAACUUGUGUACUUCUGUUUUUGAAGUUCACAGUAUCACCAAACAGACAGAUGUGUUAGACAACUCUGAUAUGGCUUCCAUGAUUCACCGCGGAAAUGGCCUUGGUGUUGUGAGAGAUCGAUAGUUUCUGCUCUCACCUUCCCUCUUUCCUCUGUUGAUACAUCACAAGAUGUACACUUUUCAUACGAAAUUUCCCUCUCCUGCUUGUUUUUGCUGCUAGAACCUCAUACCCUCAUCAGCAAUUCACAGAUCAUAUGUUGUAACAUACUGGUCAUUCCCUUUCUCUUUCAUCAUCAUUAUUUUGUGAGAGCAGGUCACGAUUAGUGCCCACUCCACACUGCCACAGGCGUAUACGGUAUCAUAAAGAGCAUUGGAAGCUGGUAUCCUCUUGGAAGUGAAGGGAUCCAUCCAAUUUUCUUUUGAGAAGACCUUUGGUUUUGUGUCGUGGCGUUUGGAAUAGCCUGGAAUUUAGGGUACUUUCGCAUUUAUUCUUAUUCUUUUUCUGCCUGAAUGGGUGACGCCAUCGUUGUCAUGAGAGACAGAAGAGAAGAUGGGGACGUAAGUUUGUAUCCAGUCUAAAGGCCGAUCGAGUUUCAGAUCAGCUGAUUUUUGGAACAGCAUGAAAAAGCCACUUUUUUCUUUUAUUCGUUCGGCAUAUCCUUGGGAGAUCGUUGGGUUUCUUGAACUAUCAUCAUAUUGAUUAUUCAAAUAUAACUUUGUAUAUUUGUCGGAUCUAAGUUGAGGGGACAUCAUAUUUUUCUUAUGAGCUUUUGCCCUUCAGUCUGAGUCAGUAAACACUGCCUAAUAGACAACCUUCUUUCCUGAAAGGAUAUUCUUUUCCUUGAAUGUUUCAUGUUCCAUUCUUAUUACUCAGCAAAACCCUAUCUAUACGUUUGUUUUUUUGAUCUGAGAAUUGUAACUUUCAUCUUGCAUGGCACAACGUUUAAAGUUUUUUAUUUUGAUGAUCAAGGCCGCUGUAUGCUACCAGCAUGUUGGGGAUUAUAAGGACACUUCUAGACCAAACUCGACACGAUAAGAUGCGAAUUUUGGGCUGCCAUACUCUUGUCGACUUUCUAAAUAGCCAGGUGAGAUGUCAGAUCACUCAUAUUGUUGGCUCUAGGGAUUGCAGAAGUAUACUUGAAAACAAAUACAUCCGAAUCUGGUGUCUGAAAUUAGGUCAUGUCAUUGUAUUGGCGUAGACGGAUAGCACCUACAUAUUCAACUUAGAAGGACUCAUUCCAAAACUUUGUCAACUUGCUCACGAAGUAGGAGAGGAUGAUCGGGGGCUUUCUCUUCGCUCUGCAGGGCUUCAAGCUCUUGCUUCCAUGGUAUUUUUUACUGAACGAUACUCUCUAUUUUAUGUUAUUUUAUUUUUUACGAUCACAAGAUUUACGAAACACAACUUGCUGUUAGCAACUCAUCUGUCCUCCUGAUAUUGUACAUUGUGUGCCAAGUUACUGGGCAUCCGAUCUUCAUAUUUAAUUUUGAUCGUGGAAUUGUAAAAUUGAUGGGCCAUUUUUCGUGAUUCACCUUUUCUUUUUAUAUUAUAUAGCAUAAUACCAUUUUAUAUGCUUCUUCAGAUUUUAAUGACUUCUCUUUUGUCCAUUGUAUGCCUAGUUGCACUUCAUGGGCGAGUACUCCCACCUCUCUAUGGACUUUGAUGAUGUAAGUCCUUUUUUUCUUAACUUUUUUUCGAGUGCAUGCGACAGAUUUCCUCAUCUUCGCUGAUGACUUCAGAUAUAUGUGUAUAUAUUUGGAUAUUCACUUUGCUAAUGGCCAAUUAUGUGGAAUAUUAUCAUCGUGUUUUUCUCUUAUGUUUCAUGCAGUCCAUUUUGCAUGUUGUGAACCUUUGUCUCUCAUACACAUAUACUCAAUUUUGAUUAUUCGGAAAAGCUGUAGUGCUUGAAUAUACUCGUCUAAUUCAAAUCGCAUGAUAAGUAUCAAUAUGAGGUUUUAUGCUUUCUCGGAUUCCGGGAUAAGCUAGCAUUUCCUUUAUGUUAAUGUUAUGUAGAAUGAAAAAGGUUCUCUAGUGGUUAAUACUAAAUUGUUUGACCAGAAACUGGCGUUUUACCUUGAUCACUUUUUAUAAAUUCUCGGUUACAUUAUAUUACAUUAUGAGAUCGUAUUUAGAAGAUCAGAUUUUUGUAGGAAUUUAAUGAUAGUAUUUUUUAUGAAUAUCAUCUUGUCUCCUGUUGGUUGAAACAGGUUGUCUCAGCAACGUUACAAAAUUAUGAGGUUCCUGAAAGGAAUUCGAAGAAUAACGAGGAGGACGAUCCAUGCUCUGAGCUCCAAGGCCAUUGUACUGUGGAAAUUACCAGACCUGGGAAUCAGGUUUCCUCACUACCGGUCAAUCCAGAGAAGUCUCUCACUCUACAGAACGGUGUCAAAGUUAAAGGAGAGAGUCUAGUGUGAGGACUCAUCCGUGCAUAUGAUUUUAUGAUUUUGUUUUUUUUAUCAUAUUAUCGUUUCUAUUCUUUAUUUGUUGCAUUUUUCCUGCCUUGGGGUCUGAUUUCUUUUAUAUAACAUAUUUCCUUGAUUAGGGAUCCUUCUAAGAGCCCCAAGUACUGGUCAAGACUUUGCCUUCGCAACAUGGCUGAACUAGCCAAAGAAGCAACUACAGUGAGGCGCGUCUUGGAACCCCUGUUCCACAAUUUUGAUGCUGGGAAUCACUGGUCUCCCGAUGGGGGAAUAGCUUGUUCAGUUUUAUGCGAUAUGGAGGUUUUUAUGGAGUCAGGUAAUCUAUGACUUUGGCCUUUUACUUUAUGCGUCAUCUAUGCUGGUUUAGGAUCCUUCACUUGUUUACCAACGCUUGUAAAUCAUCAGGUCAUAACAGCCAUCUGCUUCUAUCAAUGUUGGUGAAGCAUUUGGAGCACAGAAAUGUCUCCAGACAACCCAAAAUGCAGGUUAACAUCAUUAACGUUGCAACGUAUCUUGCCAAGCACACAAAGAUACAGGCUUCCAUAGCUAUUACUACGGCAAUUAGUGACGUGAUGAGGCAUUUGCGCAAGUGUAUGCAAUUUUGCCUUGAAUCAUCAGAUCCAGAAAGUGAUAGAUGUAAAUGGAAUGCUGUCCUCUAUUCUGCACUAGAAGAUUGCCUUGUGCAAUUGAUAAAUAAGGUCAGCAUAUACUCUUCUGUUCAGCAGUAUUUUGAUGAACCAAACAAUUACAGUGCGCUAUUGAUCUGCGAUUUUUUUUAGAUUCGGUCGUCUCUUGUUCCUCUCAUAAACAAAAAAAAAAAUCUCAUGUUCAAUUAACUGCUAUUUCUUAUCAUUUGCACCGAAAAAUAAAAUGAGCAAGGGUAAUAUAACAACUUUACCUGAUAAAGCUGUUAGGAAAGGGUAAACGAAUAUGUUAUCAGAUAUGCAUCUUUUUUAUUUUCAUUUUGUAUUCCUAUAUUUUAAAAGAAUAUUGACAUCUCGAAUCACCAGGUCGGAGAUGUCGGACCUAUUUUAGAUCUGAUGGCUAUGUUUCUGGAGAAUAUCCCUGUCACUACAGUUUUAUCAAGAACAACAAUGUCUGUCGCUUAUCGUACUGCACUGAUUAUAGCUUCCAUUCGUAACGCAUCAUAUCACAAUAAGGUAACAACGUUACUCAGAUUCCGUUGGCUCACAGAAUUGUUUUUAGGCUUGACAAGCGAUUGUUUCCGCUUCAGGCUUUUCCAGAAGCUUUAUUUCAUCAGUUGCUCGUAGUAAUGGCACACCCAGACCAGGAAACACGAGUGGGAUCCCAUCGUAUAUUUUCAGCUGUCCUUAUGCCAGCUUUGAACUGUCCUUGGUCAAUUCCAUUAUCUUCAUUCCAAACAAUGGGUUGCAACCCUUGGGUACCACUUUUCAUAGCUCUUUCGGCAUUCUCUUCAUCAACAGUCAUUUUGGAGAGGAUAAGGGAGAAAACCUGUUUUGUUCCUCACCUGGACAACGGUGUUCCUGUAAGUAGUGGAGGCGAUGGGACUGGGCAACAUGGGCCUUCACCUUCAGGCGUUGCCCUAAAACAGCAAGCAGUACAUCCAUCACAUGGUCAGGAUGAUAACAUCGGCCCUGCUCUACAUCUGACACCCGAAGUAAAAUUUGUUUUUGAAUUGGGGAAAGAGGUAUGAAAAUCGAUAAUCUCAUUGUAUUUUUUAGUGCAUUUAUCUCUUUCUGUGGUUCUUCCCUUUCAUGAUUAUUGGAGGUUCUUUUCCUGUGAAAUACUUUUCAGGGUCCCUUGCGUCUGAGCAGCCACCAAGUUGAUCUUUUACUUUCAUCAAUUUGGGUUCAAGCAACAUCACAAGAGAACAAUCUAUCAAAUUAUGAGGCAAUGGCACAUACAUACAGCCUUUCUCUAUUAUUUUCUCAAUCCAAAGUAAGUUUACUUAAGGACCUUUUCCAUGUUUAAGACUUGAACAUGCACCUUUUUUUGGCCCAAUUUAAAAUCGUGAUACUCUUGUUGCUUAAGGUGUUUAUUAUUUUUUGAAACAAGAGAUAAUGGUAUUCCCGUUUCGGGAAGUUAUUAUGUGGAAGCUAAGACAUACAUAUAUUAUCUUUUUUUUCUAUCAAAACUCAUAUUCUAUGAUUUAUUAUCCAUUGAAACACAUAUAACUUACCCAGCCCCACCGCAUGGACAACUCUGGUAUCAACCAAUGUUUUUUUUGUCAUGGACACAUUACCUGGAUUUUGAUCUUGACUCGAAUCCACCAGAAGAUCUCAUGCUUAUAUGUAUUUAUUGUGUUAUGUGACAAGAAGAACUAGUUUUAUCUCUUACAUGCACUAUAUGUAUUAUAAUAUAUUUAUACCUAGAUCUGGACUGCUGGUGUUUUGAUUCUGAUUCCUGACAAGAAAUGGUAUCAAUGUGAGGAAGGAAGCAUAAACAUUUACUUGUUUGAUAGAUUUUAAAACCUUUGUUUUCAUUCAUAUUUCAUCCUUCUGCGGUAAGUUAUUUCAUAACCAGUGGCAUUCUUUAAUUGACAGUUAGAUUUGCUUGCUUCAGGCUUCAAGUUAUGUGGUGCUUGUUCGGUGUUUCCAGUUAGCAUUUUCUUUAAGGAGCCUUUCUCUUGAUGAUGCAUGUAAGUAUGAUGGCCUUAUUACAUUCCCUAGCAUAUAUUUUGCAGCAUAACACGCUACUGUGGAGACGAGCCAUUUCUGAAGUCUCCAGUGAUAUUUUGUUUAUUUUACAGAAAAUGUUUGAUGUAGUCUGGGAGGAGAUGAAUUUCUUUCCGGUUAAUAAAUGCGGCUGUGGAUGUAUAACUAGAAGCCAUUUUAAAAUAUUGCUUUCAGGUGCUUCUGCCUUUAGGGAUUUGUGCUGACAUUUCCUUUGGUAUGCAUUUCCAAUGUUAUUAGGAAUAUUUUUCAUUCUAGAUGAAUGAGCUCAAAAAAGGUUAGGAAGCUCUCCAAGAAACCGAGUUAUUAGGCAACUCUCCUGUUACUUUUAAAGCGACCACUUUCUCUAUCUCUCCUCACUUUCCAUUCCAACUGGUUUAUUUAGUCUGCCGUCGAAUUAAUUUUGUAAGCAGAACAUUUGAAAAUGUAAUGUUUCAAAAUGCCCAAUGUUUAACGCAUCAUACAUGCUCCAUCAGUAUAGGAAUGGAUAAUGACAUUUGAUUUUCGUCCAUUGUAAUGUUUUUUCCAUUAGUGUCUGCACUGGAAUAUUUUUCAUAUCCUGUGGCCAAGAUAAAUGCCAUUUUUCUUUUUUCAUAUUUGAUUAUGAAAAAGAGAACCUUUAUUUUUUUUAAUUGUUACAAAUUUUUCAUAAGUAAAAUUGCGUUCCCUUCCAAAUAAAACUUUGUGCCUAACUUUUUUUUUUUUUUUCCUAUCUUAAAGGUUGUUUGCGGCCAUCACACCGUAGGUCUCUAUUCACCUUGGCAUCCUCUAUGCUUAUAUUCUCAGCAAAGGCUGGCGGAAUUCCACAACUAGUUUCGUCCAUUAAAGAAGUGCUGUCAGAUAAACUGGUUCGUUGCUUCAAUUUUCCCUGAUAAAUAAACACUUUCCGAAUAACUGAAAACCCAAGAAAAACAAAAAACGAUUUGAUUUUAAUGUAUGUUUGUUUCUUGAUUCCUACGGGGCAUUCCUCUUCUUGGAGUUCAUUUUGGAAGAUAUGUGACAGGCUGAUCCAUAUCUUCAUCUGAUUAAUGACGAGCGACUAGAGGCAUAUCUUUCAUUGGAUGGUAAUGGAACGAUUUAUGGUUCAGAGGAAGAUGAUAAUGCCGCUCUGAGCUCUCUAUCAGCAAUAGAAAGAGACGAUGAACAACACUUAAAACAGAUCGUGGAAUCCCACUUGAUGAAAAAAUUUGAAAAUCUAUCAAAGGUGAAGAUACAUGUUUCAUGAGGCAUGUGUGGAUUUUUCAGCAGGAGUUCAUAUUUUAUUUUAACAUGCUGCUGUUGCAGGAGGACCUAUCAAACAUAAACGAGCAACUGUCACAGGCUUUUUCACCUGAAGAUGCAAUCCCACUUUGGGCUCCUCUAUAUAUGGAAACACCAAAGCCAUGCACCCCGCUUGAAGAAAGGGAUUGUCAAUCGGUUGAAAAGGUGUCCCCUACCCUCCCCCAUUUUCAUAUCUCAUCCGUGAUGGAUUUCUGUAUAUUUCUAUUCGUAGAAGCUUUUUUUUUUUUCCAACUGAUUUUAGUGCAGAGUUUUCUGAGUCAACCCUGCAUUAUUGUUCUUCAGAUUAUGCCUCUAGCCACUUUGGAGGAUGAAGACACGUUUUCGAGUGAAAGGAGAAAUCACACGGGCAAUAAGAUCCCAGGAUCUACUAAAUCACGAGACAUUUUGAGCGCCGACCAACUCAUACAAUCAGUAUGCAUUGCCCUGAACCAUUAACUUAUACAAUCAGUACUGGGGGGAAAUCAAUAUCAUCUGUACCUGCUCUAUCUAGCAAAAUCAGGGGAAAGAUGGAAGAAGGGGGAGGGGGGUGCUCAGAUAGCUGUAAUAUCGUCUUUACUAUUUUUGGGUUUUUUUUUGGUUGAGAAAUAAGAUUGUGGACAUAAUUUGUGACUCAACGUUGCUGCAGGUUCUUGAAACAGCUCGGCAAGUUGCAAGCUUGCCCGUGUCCACCACACCUGUCCCAUACGACGAGAUGAAAAGCCAGUGCGAGGCCCUUGUAGUCGGAAAGCAACAGAAGAUGUCAGCCCUUCUGAGCUUCCAGCAGUGGCAAGAGCCCGAAGACGAUAAUCUGACUGGAGGACACGAGAAGCCUUUGACUUUGGCAACAACACCGUACAGGGUGAGCAUCCAAAAACCCUACUGGCUCGGAGAUUCUCAGACUCCAGAAAUGGUCUGGUUUGUUCCCUAGAAAAGACUUAUAAAAUCUGGAUGGCUUGCCGAGCAGAUGGAGGGACCUCUUGGGGUGGAUACCGCAUCAAACGACAGGAAUCAACUCUUCAGCGAUGGGGACACCUCUUUCAGGCUACCCCCGUCAAGCCCAUAUGACAAAUUCUUGAGAGCAGCCGGGGUUGGAAGGCGCGACGGUGUCUACGCCGAAUGUGGUUAG